AUGGCCAGAAAGAAGAACAAAUUCUCUGGUAAGAGAUAUGGCUUCAAAGGGUCAAGUUCUGGGAGUAAAGAUCAGGAUGACUGUUACAACUGCAGAAAACCUGGUCAUUUCAUUGUUGAAUGCCCUGAUUUUCAAAAAGAUAAAGGCAUAAAGGAAAGCUUCCAGAAGAAUAACUUCAAAAAUAAGUUCAAGAAAAGUCUCAUGGAAACAUGGGAAGAACUUGACAAUGAAGGAGAAGGUGAAAAGGCCAUUCUUACUUUGAUGGCUUCAACCUUUUCAGACUCAAAAUCUGAAGUUGGUUCUGACUCAGAGUCAGAAGCUCUUCAAAAUUUCAUUGUAUCUGGGUUUGAAAGAACCAAACUUGCUUCCAUGAUCUAUGGAGUGAGUAAGAGCAAAGGAGAAGGUAUUGGAUUUUAUCAAAAACCUUAUAAUCCAAGGACUGAUGUUUUAAUAAAACCAUCGGACCCUUCUUCUUCAAGCACUUCUCAAAAAGGGUUGAAUGCUUACUAUAUGUCUACUGCUGAAAUGGGUCGUCUAGUUGAUGCCCUUAAAAGCUUUCCUGAUGAUGAAGAUCUAUAA